GUGGUGGCGGGUCGCGCUUGGUUCGUACAUGAUCGCCACAAGGACUCAACUCUAAAGUGCGAAUCGUUCUCUAUGCCUUGUGCACCUGCUAUCUAUCUCAAGCUGCUCUGGUAUAGCUCGCAGCAUUGACGAGACUCGGAGUUACGCAUGCAUGGUAACGGCCUGGAACUGAGUGUCGCCAUACUCCUCCGGGUCGAGAAGAAGUCACAUCGUUUCCAAAAUGAGACAUCGCGACUGUGAAGUGCUAGAUGAACACAAUGUCCACAUCGAGGGUAAUGUCGUAGACUGUUACGUUGCUAGCGAUUCUGGCAAGGUAUUCGAAGUUUUGUGCAACAAUCAUUCCUCCGAGCAUAUAUCCGUAUGGACCGCUGUCGACGGCCAGCAGUUUCCUAGGGCGAUGGCCAUGAAGGCAGGAAAUAUGGACAGGAAAAUGACUUGCGAAGAUGGCAAGAAUGGGACUAGAUCAUUGAUGUUCUCGAACAUCCCUAUCACAGAUGACGAUGAUGCUGCGAGGGAGAUGUCCUGUGGCAGUGAACUUGGUACAAUUCAGGUCAAGAUUGUACGUUCAAUAUUCAAGAAGAAGACGUCAUGGACAGCUCCCACCGUUGCAAAAGCGCAGAAUCUCGAGCCUAUCCAUGAGACUGCUAAGAAAGGCGGUUUGCAUUGCGUCUCUUUCGGAGCGACAAUGCCUGUCAAGAAACCUCGUAAUAAGCUUUUGCGGGUCUCGCGCAUCGACGAUUGGCAAGCACCCUACAUUACUUUCAAUUUCCGCUAUCGACCUCGUGCGAUUCUUCAAGCGCAUGGCAUCAUAGAAUCCCUUCCCCUCGACCAGCCUCGCGUUGACCCAUACGACAAUGCACUCGCAGGAGGUGCCCCAUCGCCAGCCCGCCUGACGCCUUCUCCUCCAGACGUGCCGCAGAAACGGCCGCGUCAAGAUGCUGGUCCAUCCUUUGUGAUUGCGGGUUCUCCCGCAGAAGAUGCUUUGCUUGGCGGCGAUCAGGAGGAUGAAAAGUUGCCUCUGUUCAAGGACGAGGAGGACGAGAGUGCAGACGACGCGGACGCGAUCGAGGCUCAGAUACAGGCUUUACGACAGCGGCUUGAUCGAACCAAAUCGAGGAAGACUCGACGAAGCCAAUCUCGAUUCGUCAAGAGAGAGACGUCUCCCAUUCGGGUAGGCGGGUUCAACGGCGGUGUCAUAGACCUGACGGAUGACUGAGGUUUGCGGUCGUAUGUGCAUGGACUCAGAAGUUUCUUUACCUCAUGGCUGAGUACUUAAUCCGGUCUUAUGGUUUGUUUCAAAGUGUCAGCGUUUCCAGUACAUAUAUCAAGGAAGUAAUGUGAAUCUUGCUCGAUGCA